AUCUGUUGCUGCUUCCUUCUAUGGGCCCCUGCCCUGACGCUCAAAAACCUCAACUACUCGGUGCCAGAGGAGCAAGGGGCCGGGACUGUAAUCGGCAACAUCGGCAAGGAUGCUCGACUGCAGCCGGGGCUUCCGCCGGCUGAGCGCGGCGGCGGCAGCGGUGGCGGGCGCGGCAAGUCCGGCAGCUACCGGGUGCUGGAGAACUAGGCGCCGCACCUGCUGGACGUAGACGCCGAUAGCGGGCUUCUGUAUACCAAGCAGCGCAUCGACCGCGAGUCCUUGUGCCGCCACAACGCCAAGUGCCAACUGUCCCUCGAGGUGUUCGCCAACGACAAGGAGAUCUGCAUGAUCAAAGUAGAGAUCCAGGACAUCAACGACAACGCUCCCUCCUUCCCCUCGGACCAGAUCGAAAUGGACAUCUCUGAGAACGCUGCCCCAGGAACCCGCUUCCCCCUCACCAGCGCACAUGACCCCGACGCCGGCGAAAACGGGCUCCGCACUUACCUGCUCACCCGCGACGACCACGGGCUCUUUGCACUGGACGUGAAGUCCCGUGGCGACGGCACCAAGUUCCCAGAGCUGGUCAUCCAGAAGGCGCUGGACCGCGAGCAGCAGAACCACCACACCCUGGUGCUGACUGCGCUAGAUGGCGGCGAACCGCCGCGCUCUGCCACUGUGCAAAUCAACGUGAAGGUGAUCGACUCCAAUGACAACAGCCCGGUCUUUGAGGCCCCCUCCUACCUGGUGGAACUGCCUGAGAACGCCCCGCUGGGCACUGUGGUCAUAGAUCUGAAUGCCACCGACGCUGACGAGGGUCCCAACGGCGAAGUACUCUAUUCUUUUAGCAGCUACGUACCCGACCGCGUGCGGGAGCUCUUCUCAAUCGACCCCAAGACAGGCCUGAUCCGUGUUAAAGGUAAUCUGGACUAUGAGGAGAACGGGAUGCUGGAGAUCGACGUGCAGGCCAGAGAUCUGGGGCCUAACCCUAUCCCGGCCCACUGCAAGGUCACGGUCAAGCUCAUCGACCGUAACGACAACGCGCCGUCCAUCGGUUUCGUCUCCGUGCGCCAGGGGGCGCUGAGCGAGGCCGCCCCUCCUGGCACCGUCAUCGCCCUGGUACGGGUCACUGACCGAGACUCAGGCAAGAAUGGGCAGUUGCAGUGUCGGGUCCUGGGUGGAGGAGGGACUGGAGGCGGCGGCGGCCUCGGUGGGCCCGGGGGUUCCGUCCCCUUUAAGCUUGAGGAGAACUACGACAACUUCUACACAGUGGUGACUGAUCGUCCGCUGGACCGUGAGACUCAGGACGAGUACAACGUGACAAUUGUGGCGCGGGAUGGGGGCUCACCCCCUCUCAACUCCACCAAGUCGUUCGCGGUCAAGAUUCUGGACGAGAAUGACAACCCGCCUCGUUUCACCAAAGGGCUUUACGUGCUGCAGGUGCAUGAGAACAACAUCCCAGGAGAGUACUUGGGCUCUGUGCUUGCCCAGGAUCCCGACCUGGGCCAAAACGGCACAGUAUCGUACUCCAUCCUGCCCUCGCACAUUGGCGACGUCUCCAUUUACACCUAUGUCUCUGUGAACCCCACCAAUGGAGCCAUAUAUGCUCUGCGCUCCUUCAACUAUGAGCAAACUAAGGCUUUUGAGUUCAAGGUGCUUGCUAAAGACUCCGGGGCACCCGCGCACUUGGAGAGCAAUGCUACUGUGAGGGUGACAGUGCUGGACGUGAAUGACAAUGCGCCAGUGAUCGUGCUGCCCACUCUGCAGAACGAUACCGCUGAGCUGCAGGUGCCCCGCAAUGCUGGCCUAGGCUACCUGGUAAGCACCGUGCGCGCCCUCGAUAGCGAUUUUGGCGAGAGCGGGCGUCUCACCUACGAGAUCGUGGAUGGCAAUGACGACCACCUGUUUGAAAUCGACCCCUCGAGCGGCGAGAUCCGCACGCUGCACCCUUUCUGGGAAGAUGUGACACCUGUGGUAGAGCUGGUGGUGAAGGUGACAGACCACGGCAAACCUACCCUGUCCGCUGUGGCCAAGCUCAUCAUUCGCUCCGUGAGCGGCUCCCUGCCAGAGGGGGUACCGCGGGUGAAUGGCGAGCAGCACCACUGGGACAUGUCGCUGCCGCUCAUUGUGACUCUGAGCACUAUCUCCAUUAUCCUCCUAGCGGCCAUGAUCACCAUCGCCGUCAAGUGCAAGCGUGAGAACAAGGAGAUCCGCACUUACAACUGCCGCAUCGCCGAGUACAGCCACCCUCAGCUGGGCGGGGGCAAAGGCAAGAAGAAGAAGAUCAACAAAAACGAUAUCAUGCUAGUGCAGAGCGAGGUGGAGGAGAGGAACGCGAUGAACGUCAUGAACGUGGUGAGCAGCCCCUCCCUAGCCACCUCCCCCAUGUACUUCGACUACCAGACCCGCCUGCCCCUCAGCUCUCCCCGGUCGGAGGUGAUGUAUCUCAAACCAGCCUCCAACAAUCUGACUGUCCCUCAGGGGCACGCGGGCUGCCACACCAGCUUCACCGGACAAGGGACUAAUGCGAGCGAGCCCCCUGCCACUCGGAUGUCCAUAAUUCAGACAGACAAUUUUCCCGCAGAGCCCAAUUACAUGGGCAGCAGGCAGCAGUUUGUUCAAAGUAGCUCCACGUUUAAGGACCCAGAAAGAGCCAGCCUGAGAGACAGUGGGCACGGGGACAGUGAUCAGGCUGACAGUGACCAAGACACUAACAAAGGCUCCUGCUGUGACAUGUCUGUUAGGGAGGCACUCAAGAUGAAAACUACUUCAACUAAAAGCCAACCACUUGAACAAGAACCCGAAGAGUGUGUUAAUUGCACAGAUGAAUGCCGAGUGCUUGGUCAUUCUGACAGGUGUUGGAUGCCACAGUUCCCUGCAGCCAAUCAGGCUGAAAAUGCAGAUUACCGCACAAAUCUCUUUGUACCCACAGUGGAAGCUAACGUUGAGACUGAGACUUAUGAAACUGUGAAUCCCACUGGGAAAAAGACUUUUUGUACAUUUGGAAAAGACAAGCGAGAGCACACUAUUCUCAUCGCCAAUGUUAAACCUUAUUUAAAAGCCAAACGUGCCCUGAGCCCUCUCCUCCAAGAGGUCCCCUCAGCAUCAAGCAGCCCAACCAAGGCAUGCAUUGAGCCUUGCACCUCAACAAAAGGCUCCCUAGAUGGUUGUGAAGCAAAACCAGGAGCCCUGGCUGAAGCAAGCAGUCAGUACCUGCCCACUGACAGUCAGUAUCUGUCACCAAGUAAGCAACCAAGAGACCCUCCCUUCAUGGCCUCCGAUCAGAUGGCAAGAGUCUUCGCGGAUGUGCAUUCCAGAGCCAGCCGGGAUUCCAGUGAGAUGGGUGCUGUUCUGGAGCAGCUUGACCAUGCCAACAGGGAUCUGGGCAGAGAGUCUGUGGAUGCAGAAGAAGUUGUGAGAGAAAUUGAUAAGCUUUUGCAGGACUGUCGGGGAAAUGACCCUGUGGCUGUGAGAAAAUAUAACAAUGGUUCUGUUUUGACCAAACUUAUAUUAGGACAGAAGUAAUGAUGCUUAAAGAGAAAAGAAAAAAAGAGAGAGAGAGAAGAAAAAGGAGAGAAGAACAAGGAGGAUGAGGA